AUGGAUCUCGAGGAUAAUGCCAUGGGUCUAACCCAGGACCAAACCGAUAAAAUACUCCAAUUUCAAGAUUUAACUGGAAUAGAAGAUAUGUCAAUAUGCAGGGACGUUUUACAAAGGCAUCAGUGGGAUCUUGAGGUGGCGAUUCAAGAACAACUUAAUAUUAGAGAGGGUAGACCCUCAGUGUUCGCGACAGAAGCACGUGCGCCUCCUGUUGUUCACGAUCACAUAGCACAGCAAGUUUUCACAGACGAACCCUCGGAAGGGCCCGCUGGCGUGCGUGGUCUAUUUCAAUAUGUAGUAAACCUUGUUGUGUCUAUGUGCUACAAUACAAUAUCAUCUGUUUUAAAUUUAUUGUUAAGUUUUGUACGAAAUGAUGACAGACGAUUGGUUACUGAUCCUCUAGGAGAUGUGAUGGGCUUCAUAAAUAGCUAUCAGUCACGUUUCAACCCGCACCCAGUAUUCUACCAGGGCACAUACGCUCAAGCUCUUAAUGAUGCCAAAAAUGAGCUGCGUUUCCUCGUAGUGUAUUUACACUCAGAAUCAGCAACUGAGACACAGAAUUUCUGCAGGACAACCCUUGCAGAUCCUGAAGUUAUUCAAUACAUCAACACACAUGCACUCUUUUGGGGUUGUUCUGUAGACACUGCAGAGGGUUGGCGUGUAGCUCAAUCCGUUGGUGGACGACGGUAUCCUCUACUUUGUGUAGUUUGUGUACGUGAUCACCGUAUGACUGUUGUUGCGAGGAGCGAAGGGUCAUGCUCAGCGUCACAACUGCUACAACGCCUGCGUCGCGUUGUAGCCGAUAAUGAACCACAUCUAUCGGCAGCUAGAGCAGAUAGGAUGGAGCGCGAGGUAACAGCUCGCUUGCGUGCAGCACAAGACGAGGCCUACGCGGAGUCGCUAGCGGCUGACCAGGAGAAGGAGCGCCGCCGGGCCGCAGAUCGUGCUGCGAAGGAAGCUAGAGAACAUGAGGAUCUACAGCGUAAGCAGCAAGAGGAGAGACACAAACUAGAGUUGGUAGCGGCUCGGGCGGCCAUGGCGAGCCGGCUGGCGGCGGAGCCGGCGCCCGGCAGCCACACGGUGGUGCUGCUCAUCCGCCUGCCCGGCGGCGAGAGGCUCACGCGCCGCUUCUCGCAGCUGCACACUACACAGGACUUGUACGACUUUGUGUUCAGCCACCCGCAGUCUCCGGAAGAGUUCGAGAUUACAACUAAUUUUCCGAAGCGUACGAUUGCACGCGGACUGACCAACAUAGCGGACGUGGGUCUCAAAGAUCGUGAUGUAUUGUUUGUCAAUGACAUUAAUGCAUAA